CUUAUUAAAUAGGUUUUCGUUUUGUGCCGAUAGGCUGUCUGUUUGAGUGUACCUCACAGGGAUGAUACACAGCGGUAUUCUCGGCUCGUGUCUCAGAUCGACUACACGUCUCAAAAAGGUUUUUGCUUCUAAUGUUUGUGGGUCGUCGCGUAUCACCAGAAUCUUUUUGGACAGUAGUGGUCAAUGCAGCAAACGCUACUCAUCGCUAGAUAGUAAAUCAAUUGCCAAAUAUGGAAACGAAGUGUACUAUGGAGUGUUCACUCCUAAGAUGAAGGCUGUCAAGGUAUUCUCGCUUGUGAACUCGGCUGCUGUGAUUAUUGCAUUGCCUUUUUUCUGGGACUGGAACAAGACAAAACUGGCUCAAUACUGGAAGACAGGGGCUCUGGUUUUUACAAUAGGGAUCAGCGUCGCUCUGGUUCUUCCGUUGUUUCUGCACAACAUGUCCCGUCAGUAUGUGACUCACAUGUUCUACAACUUCGAGUCCAAACAGUUCACUCUCAGAUACUACUCCCUCUUCCUCAGACCCAAACACGUGACCUUCUCCCCUGAUGAUGUGUCAGUGCCUCUGAGGAAGGGAUUUGCCACUCAUGCCGUCCAAAACAGACCCUUUUUCAUCGCCAAAGAGUACUUUUACAAUGAACAGAUGUACGGCAGGUUUCUGGGAUACGAGUACAAGCCUGAACAUGAACGGAAAUAAUUUUGGUACUUAUAUUUCAUUGGAAUUUAAUUAUUCUCUUA